CAAAAAAUACGGAGGACAAAAUCCCAACAGCUCGGCGGCGGCAACUCCAAUGAAAAAGGCAAGAUAUGCGAUUGAAACUGACAACCCGGGACCAAGCUUCAGCGUAUCCAGUGAAUGUACUAUAGAAUCACGUAGGAUCAGCGUUUCGACAUCGGCUAAGGAAUACAACACUGAACCCAAUCAAGGCGUGUUUGAAGUGGUGUGCUGCAGCUACUGCAAUAAUUUCGAGAAACAGCUUCAAGCUAUAGACAAAAAACUCGAACAGCUACAAUUGACUGUCGAAACGCAGAACACUGCGAUCAUGGACGCAAUAUCUGGUCAAAAGGUUGCCACUGAGCAAUUGGUUCGCCAGGAAGCACAAAAUGCACCAGUAACCAAGUAUUUCCCAAUAUGUGAUAUACCGGAAAUGCAGCACCUUGAAGAAAAAAUAACUCCUGCCAACAGAGAUGUUUAUGUAUGUUUGUUGGAUGUAUAUUUGUGA